CAAGCACAAGAGCUAGCUAGCCACACCAACUAUUCAGCCAAUAAACCUCAAGACCAUGCACAUUCUCAGAUACCCUUUUCAUCAAUUUCUCUCAAUAUUGCUACUAAUUCUCUCACUUCAUGCCUCUGCAGUUCAAUCUAAGAUCUCAAGGCUUAGGGCACUCAGGAAACAUAGCAGAGGUAAUGACCUACCUCAAAGCAGCAUGAGCUCAGAAUCUGCAGCUUCAAGUGAUUUUGUGACAUUUUAUUACUCACAAACACUUGACCACUUCAACUAUAAGCCUGAAAGCUAUACCACUUUCAAGCAAAGAUAUGUGAUGAAUUUUAAGUAUUGGGGUGGCCCAAAUACAAGUGCACCCAUCUUUGUAUUCUUUGGUGCAGAAGAGAAUAUUGAUGAUGAUCUUCAUGCCAUUGGUUUCCUCACUGAUAAUGCUCCUCGUUUCAAGGCUCUCCUUCUUUAUAUUGAGCAUCGUUAUUAUGGAAAAUCUGUACCAUUUGGAUCGAGUAAAGAAGCAUUAAGAAAUGCUAGUUCUCUUGGUUAUUUCAACUCAGCUCAAGCCAUAGCAGAUUAUGCUGCUGUUAUCAUGCAUGUCAAGAAAAAAUAUUCUGCAAAUACUUCUCCUGUUAUUGUCAUUGGUGGAUCCUAUGGUGGAAUGUUAGCUUCAUGGUUUAGAUUAAAAUAUCCACAUGUUGCUCUUGGUGCUUUGGCUUCGUCAGCUCCAAUUCUCUACUUUGAUGAUAUUGCUCCACGUAAUGGUUACUAUUCCAUUGUCACCAAGGAUUUUAAAGAAACUAGUGAGAGUUGCUACAAUACCAUACGCAAAUCCUGGGCAGAAAUUGAAAGAGUAGCUUCCAAGCCUAAUGGUCUUUCAAUGCUCAGCAAGAAAUUCAAGACUUGCUCACCAUUGAAGAGGACUUUUGAGCUGAAAGACUACUUGGACUCAAUAUAUUGUGAAGCAGCUCAGUAUAAUGAACCACCAAACUAUCCAGUAAGUGUUGUGUGUGGAGGAAUAGAUGCAGCACCCAAAGGAAGUGACAUUCUCAGCAAAAUUUUUGGUGGAGUUGUUGCUUUCAUGGGAGACAAGCCUUGCUAUGACAUGGAUGAAUUUUAUGACCCUUCUCAAGAUACAUCCAUUGCAUGGAGAUGGCAGACAUGUAGUGAGUUGGUGAUGCCCAUAGGGCAUGAUAGAAACACAAUGUUUCCACCAGCACCAUUCAAUUUGAAAAGCUACAUAAAGGAGUGUAAGACCUUGUUUGGUGUCCUACCUCAGCCUCACUGGGUCACUACUUAUUAUGGAGGCCAUGAUUUGAAAUUGAUUCUUCAUAGAUUUGCUAGUAAUAUCAUCUUCUCCAAUGGUCUCAGGGAUCCUUAUAGCAGUGGCGGAGUGUUGGAGAGCAUAUCAGAUAGUAUUGUUGCCCUUACUACAGUUAAUGGAUCUCAUUGCUUAGACAUACAAGGAGAGAGGCCAAGUGAUCCACACUGGUUGGUGAUGCAAAGAAAAUCAGAGGUAGAAAUAAUCAAAGCCUGGAUUUCCAAAUACUAUACUGAUCUUGCUGAGCUCAGAGAUGGAACUACAACUCCAAGCUACUUCUAGCUGUUAUUGGGACACGUCACCCAUUAAGUGCCACGUUUAUCAUGUUAUUGUCGGCCAUUAAAGGCAUUAUAUCUAAUACCAGUAGCUUCUUAAGUCAAUUAAAUUAAUAAUAAAUUAUAUAAAAAAAAUUUACUAUUUAA